GCUCCUCCUGGAGCGCUCCGCAUCGCUCCGGGGACCCCCCGCGUGGAUCUUCGAAGCCAUCGUCAGCGCCUGGUACUUUUGAGCUCAGUGGGCGAGGGCUUGCGGGGUUCCUCCAGCCAGGAGUCGCGAAGAGCGAAGAGCGAAGAACAGAGGCAGAGGCAAUUUUAGGCCUUUGGCCGGGUGGGCCGGGUCGGGAGAGGCGCGCCCAUCAUUUGCCAUCCGGGGCGCGCGCCGCCCUCUGAAGACCCCGCGGGCGACCCGUAGCUCGGGCACGCGCCUGUCGCAUCCCGCAGGAAGGAGGGGUCCUGCUUGUGGCCUGGGGUGGCGGCCGCCAUGGAGAUCCCCUCGGUCCAGGGCCGGCGUCUGGGGCCUUGGGGUCGGCCCUGACCGCCCUCCUCCCUGCCCGGGCUGGGUCGUGGACGUGCCCCCCGCGGCACUCAGCCACCUCUGCGUCUCCGCCCUCCCCGGGCUGCGCUGCUGCCUGGGCGCGGCGGCGGCGAAGGCGCCCUGUUGAAUGGGCUGUGAGGGCCCAGGUUUGAAGCGCUGGCGAACGCGGCCUCCGGGGGCGCAAGGCAGCAGCAGCGGUGGCGACCAAACGGGUGUUGGAGUUGGCGGCGGCCAUGGAGGGCCUGGCUGGCUAUGUGUACAAGGCGGCCAGCGAGGGCAAGGUGCUGACUCUGGCCGCCUUGCUUCUCAACCGGUCUGAAAGCGACAUCCGCUAUCUGCUUGGCUAUGUCAGCCAGCAGGGAGGGCAGCGCUCCACGCCCCUCAUCAUCGCAGCCCGCAAUGGACACGCCAAGGUGGUGCGCUUGCUGUUAGAACAUUACCGGGUGCAGACUCAGCAGACUGGCACCGUCCGCUUUGACGGGUAUGUCAUUGAUGGUGCCACUGCUCUUUGGUGUGCAGCUGGAGCAGGACAUUUUGAAGUUGUCAAACUUCUAGUCAGCCAUGGAGCCAACGUGAACCAUACUACAGUGACUAACUCAACCCCCCUGCGGGCAGCAUGCUUUGAUGGCAGACUGGAUAUUGUGAAAUAUUUGGUUGAAAAUAAUGCCAACAUCAGCAUUGCCAACAAGUAUGACAACACCUGCCUAAUGAUUGCAGCAUACAAGGGACACACCGAUGUGGUCAGGUACCUUUUAGAACAACGUGCUGAUCCCAAUGCUAAAGCACAUUGUGGAGCCACAGCAUUGCACUUUGCAGCUGAAGCCGGGCACAUAGAUAUUGUGAAAGAGCUGAUAAAAUGGCGUGCUGCUAUAGUAGUGAACGGCCAUGGGAUGACACCAUUGAAAGUAGCUGCCGAAAGCUGUAAAGCUGAUGUUGUUGAGCUGUUACUAUCUCAUGCUGACUGUGACCGAAGGAGUCGGAUUGAAGCUUUGGAACUCUUGGGUGCCUCCUUUGCAAAUGACCGUGAGAACUAUGACAUUAUGAAGACAUACCACUAUCUAUAUUUAGCUAUGUUGGAGAGGUUUCAAGACGGUGAUAACAUUCUUGAAAAGGAGGUUCUCCCACCAAUCCAUGCUUACGGGAAUAGAACUGAAUGUAGAACUCCUCAGGAACUGGAAUCCAUUCGGCAAGACAGAGAUGCUCUUCAUAUGGAAGGCCUUAUAGUGCGGGAACGGAUUUUAGGUGCUGACAAUAUAGAUGUUUCUCAUCCCAUUAUUUACAGGGGGGCUGUUUAUGCAGAUAACAUGGAAUUUGAACAUUGUAUCAAACUGUGGCUUCAUGCCCUGCACCUUAGGCAGAAAGGUAAUAGGAACACCCACAAGGAUCUUCUUCGAUUUGCUCAAGUUUUCUCACAAAUGAUACACUUGAAUGAAACUGUGAAGGCCCCAGACAUAGAAUGUGUUUUGAGAUGCAGCGUCUUGGAAAUAGAACAGAGUAUGAACAGAGUGAAAAAUAUUCCUGACGCUGAUGUCCACAAUGCUAUGGACAAUUACGAAUGUAAUCUCUAUACCUUUCUGUACUUAGUGUGCAUCUCCACCAAAACACAGUGUAGUGAAGAAGAUCAGUGCAGAAUUAACAAGCAGAUCUACAACCUGAUUCACCUUGAUCCCAGAACUCGUGAAGGUUUCACUUUGCUGCAUUUAGCUGUCAACUCGAAUACCCCAGUUGAUGAUUUCCACACCAAUGACGUCUGCAGCUUUCCAAAUGCACUUGUCACCAAGCUCCUGCUGGACUGUGGUGCUGAGGUGAAUGCUGUGGACAAUGAGGGAAACAGUGCCCUUCAUAUUAUCGUUCAGUACAAUAGGCCCAUCAGUGAUUUUUUGACCUUGCACUCUAUCAUCAUUAGCCUAGUUGAAGCUGGCGCUCACACUGACAUGACAAAUAAACAGAACAAGACUCCACUGGACAAAAGUACAACUGGGGUAUCUGAAAUACUACUUAAAACUCAAAUGAAGAUGAGUCUCAAGUGCCUGGCUGCCCGAGCAGUUCGGGCUAAUGACAUUAACUACCAAGACCAGAUCCCCAGAACUCUUGAAGAGUUUGUUGGAUUUCAUUAAGUGACUGGAUAUGUAAAAUCGUUUAAUGUGGUGCUAAAAAGUAAAGGACUUUAAUCACAGACAAUAGAAUUAUGUGUUCAUAAAUUCUACUCCCCCUCCCUUCCUCCCAGCCCAUGCUUCCUCAGUUCUGUAUUUGGUCUUCUUGCUUCGUAUGGUAAUUGAUUUCAAACACACUUUAAACAAAGCCACAUUGUUUAGGUGUAGCUGUUACCUAAGGUGUUUGGAUAUUGGUCACCUAACUAUUUGUCUUCUUUUUUUAAUUUUUAUUUUUUUAUUUUUUAAGGAAUGAGUAUAAGAUAUUCUGUUUAUGCAACAGGGACUUUUAUGUUUUCAAAUUGAUGAUGUUUUAAACAGCUGCUUACAAAAGUAUUUCAGCCUAUGUCAGUGUGUUGUCCAUGCAGCAGUUUUGUGGAUUGCAUGAAGAAGAAGAACUAAAAAGGAACAUUCAAUGUAAUGGGAUAUCCAGAUGUUCUGCACAUGCCAAACUGCUGUCGAUAGUUUUCACUCCUCCGUUAUUUAUGUGGAGUGACACAGCAUCUUUUAAUGGGAGAGGAUUUAAAAUAUAGCUACAGAUUAAUUUGAAAAAUGUGCUGAUUUAAUAAUAGUUACAAAUUUCUAAAGUUAAAUUCAUAGUAAUUGUUGCAUUAUUCUGGGGAGUAUAUACAAAGUAGUAAAGAUCUUAAACCAAUUUUUCCAAAUAUGUUGAUGAACUCUGCCUUUAGGAUUGAAUUCUUCCAAGUCUGUUUUAAUGUAAUUUAUCUAAAUUGCAGCAGUCUGCAUUGGAUUCAGCUCACAGACAUAUAAAAAUUAUAUGAGUGCUGUUUUCUUAUGCAACAGAUUGUCACAAUAUAGUCAUCCGUUCUGUUUUGUCUCCUUUUCCCUUUCCUCCUGUAUCCUAUUUUAAAAUUUGGAAAAUACUUUCUAGAGGGCGUUAUUUGUACCUGCCUAAGAAGGUAUUUAUGGACAGAUGAAAAGGAACCAGGAUAUUUUUGACUUUUUUUCACUUUUUUAAAUUAGUCUGUGACAAGAAGUAGAAAAAUCACUAGUAUAGUAUAAGAAAUUAAGUAUUUUUGAUGCUAAUAAUUCUCAAUGCCACUUGAAAGGUAUUUCUGUCUGAGAGCUGUAAAGUUUUCAUCCACAUAAUGUCACUUAUUCUGACAGGCUGUACAGAGGUCUUUAUCGCUUUUUGUUUUGUUUUAAUGGCAAUAUUUUAACUGUCAAAAGAGUAUUCUGUGAUUAUUGUUUAAGCUUCACAGAAAUUCAAGUAAAGGAUACACAUGUAUUUCUAUUGAUGUUAAAAACGAUAAUGAAAGUAAAAUUAGCUGUAUCUGUAAUUUUCUCUCUAGUGCCAAAUGAAUGCCUUAGCUACUCAUAGUGCAUGGUACUGUAAGUGAAGACUUGCAGUUUUUUUUCUUUAAUGGAAAGCAUUAUAAUGACGUAGCAACAUCAGAUAUAAACUUAUAAAAACUUAAGAUUUUAAUUAACAUUUAUGUAUGAAUGAUGCUUUGUUAACUAUUAAGAGAAAGGUUGCAGUUUGAUUAGUAUAAAACAAUGACCAAGCCAAAAUCAGCACCUAGGGCCUUAAAUAAAAUCGAGAUAACCCCACAAAAUGAAAUAAUUGAAGGAUGGGAGGGCAGAAGGGGGUACCUUAAAAACUUCCCCCUCCAAGGAUGCAAGAUGCUUUUACAGUUGCUAUAGUUAUACUUUGUGUGUCUUCUUGCUUCAGUUUAGGAACGUUUUGAUGGUAAAUUCUGUCAUAAUAAUAGAUAUCUAUUUUCCUAACCUGAGACUUUACAAGGAAGGUUUUAGGAUGGUAUUUGAAUGAGCCCUAAUUUGAAAAUUACUGACCUUGAUCCUCCUGGUAUCAAUCAAGGAAACAUUAUACCUUGCUCUUGGCAAUAUGAAGUAACCUGAAAGAGAAAAUGUGCUUCCUCAAGGUGAGUGAAUGACACCUUUUCCAUGGCUCAGAUCAGACCCUUUAUUUUUCAUAUUACAAGGCCUGCUUGUUGGACAGUCUAAGGAAUAGCAAGACACUUGGUAUUCAGUUGGUUCCAUUAUUAAUGUGUAUGAUUUUUAAACACCAAAACUUAAAAUAUCAGAUAAUGUUGCAUGUUUUAAAAAUACAUUUCAUCCCUUUUGGCUACCCAGGACCAGUGCUAUUUAAGACAUUGUUUAUUGACAAAAUGAGGAUAAUGAUUAUAUGUACAUAAAGACAUCAAAAUUUAAUGACACUCUUUUUGAGAAGGGAAGACAAUGCUGGAGAAAGUAAAACCAUGCUGAAUGAAAUGCUGACAAAGUUGGAGAAAGAAAUUUGAAGACAGUGGAAUAAACUAUGAACUGUGCUAAUGGUAAUUAGACUUUUUUGUUGUUGUUUAGUAUAGUAGUAUAUUGUGCAGUAUCUUACUGAGGAUCUAAUUAUUGUAAAAUCAAUCCAAUUGUGUAUUGUGAAACACCUGUAUAAAACUAUUCUUGAAACAAGUG